AUGACAAAGGGUUGCUAUACCUGCCGACGCCGUCGCAUUAUCUGCGAUAAUGGCCAACCUACCUGCAGGAAGUGCCGCGACGCCGGAAAAGAAUGCCUGGGCUAUCAGAAGCCGUUGGUUUGGGUUAAAGGUGGCGUGGCCAGUCGAGGCAAGAUGAUGGGGCGCAGCUUCGACGACGUGAUGAAACCAGAGAGUGUCUCCAAACACCAGGAAUCCGCGGCACCGAACAGUCCGACAGCACCGACAGACAGCUUUGGCUUUUUUUCCGUGGCUGAAUCAUCCUCCGAUACUAGUUCACCAAGCUCUGGCGUGCAUACAAGUCCGGAGGCAGACGCUUGGGCCACAGAGGCGCCAGAGGUUGCCCCAUGCGCGUUCGUGGAAGAGGACAAUUCUGUGGGGUUGAAUUUGCACGAAGAAUCUGAUCAGAUGGUUGUGCAUGUGCCUCGAGGCACAUCCGCUGAAUAUAUUCCGACUCCAUGGGGUCUGGCAGAUCCAGUGCUCAAAGAUCUCGGGCAAUUGUCACGGUUUUACAUUUAUCAUUACAAUCAGAGUAUGACCGGUGACUUCGUGGUGUAUUCCGAGUCCAACAACCCGUGGCGCAAUAUCAUAUCGCUGGUUGGCGGCUCACCUCUUCUCGCAAAUGUCUUAUCUGCCAUGGGAGCUUUGCACUUCUCUUUGCGGUCAAAUUCAGACUCGACCCAAAUGCCAUGGUCUUCCAAUCUUCUGUCAGAUGGUUCCAACUUGUCAUCCGAAGAAAUUGAAAGUUUUGUGACCCCAGCUGGUGCGCGACGACCGUCCUCGAAGGCUUUCCAACAUUUCCUCGAAUUCAAGCAACGUACGCUUCACCAAUUGUCGAAAGACCUGUCGAAUCCCGUCAUGCAGAAAGAUGACCGAACUUUGGCUGCCAUCGUCGUUCUUGCUCUUCUCGAUUUGAUCGAGUCGGGCAGUGGGGCAUGGAGUUAUCACAUUGAAGGUGCCAAAAAACUCCUCAGAGAUCGACCAGAGAACGAGCUAGGGCAGGGCAUUUUACAAGGCCUCGAAAGCUUCGCUGUUGACGGAUGCUUAAUCAUGGAAAUCAUGGGAUCAACCCUCGCACGCCCCGGCGCUCUUUCCAAACCAUUCUACUCCGCCGCCAUGGGUCCAGCCAUGCUCAAGCGCCUCGAGCAAACUUCCUGGGUCGGCUGCCCGGCCUACCUGCUUGAAGUCAUCUUCUUCAUUCAUACUCUCUGGUACCCAGACUCCGAAUUCGCCGCUGCCGCACCCCAGCCCACCUCCCUCCCCGUAUCGAUGCAACCCGGCCAACCUCUCUCCCUGGAGUCCUACUUCGCACUCCUCCAAGGCAUUCGCGACUUCGACCCCGUUGCCUGGGCCCACGAAAUGCAAGCCUUCUACUUCCUCCCCGACGUGUCCUCCCGCGCCAGCCUCGCUCGCGCCUACCAAGCCGCCGUCUACCUCUAUACCAGCCGCGUGCUGUCGCGCGCACGCGAGGGCUACUCGCCUCCUUUCGCCAACGUCGCCCUGCCCUCCGACCACUCGGCCGUUGCGCAUGACCUCCUCACUCAGAUAUGCUCCGUGCCUCACUCCGACCCGCACUUUAAAUGCCUGAUCUGGCCGACCUUCAUCGCCGGCGCUGAAUGCCGCCGCUCUUCACAGCGCGGCCUGAUACUUGAGACACUCGGAGCGCUCUAUCAAGCCGUCACCAGCGUCAACGUCCAGAAUGCCGCAUGGGUGCUGCGCCUUAUGUGGCAGAAACGCGACCAGAAACGGGACGCGCGCACCGAGCACCUUCCAUCUGGAUAUAGUGAUAGCCAGACAGAUGCGGGGAGUGAUACAUUCGGUGUUGGCCCGUGCGAAGAUGACGAUUACGAUGAUACGUUUGACUGGGUCGAUCAGCUGGACGAGUCGCGCCUGGAUUGGCUGUUCAUUUGA